AAAUAUUGAUAUUUGAUUCAUGCUCAUGGUGUCAUCAUAAUAAUCUAAUUUUUCAUGAUUCAUAUUUUAAUUUGUAAUUACUUUAAUAAACUCAUAGCUGAAUCUGAUACUGUUAGAGUCUAGUGAAUAGUGUAAACUGUCUAGAAACUCAAUACAGACGACAGAAAAAGUAAUUCUACAAAAUGGAAAAUAACCAACAAAGUAAUCAAAUUUCUGGUGCUAUAACUUAUCCACAAAGAAAUGAACAACAGGUUCCUGUUCAACCACGACAACCAAGGAACUUGCAGGGUCUUUUAAGAUUUGCAAUGGAAGCAACUAAAGCAGAGGAUGCACCAGGUAAUUCCGAAUUGGGGCCUAUGGAUGAAGAAAGACGAAAAUUUCUUGAAGAAGCUUUAAAAAGUCUAACAGUUGAUAUAGCUGAACUCCUACACAAAGCUAUAAAAGUACUUACAGAUUCAGAAAAGAUUAAAAGCAUUCAAUUUGGAAGUGAGCUUCCGGAAGAUGUUGAGGCAUCUUUUAAUAGCCUCAUGGAAUUCAUUGAUGAUAUAGAUAUUUCUAAUGACUUCUACAAAGUUGGUGGUUUCGCUAUGUUUCCAAUAUGCUUUAGCAGUGAGAAUGACCAAGUUCGGUCUCGAGCCAGUAGAGUUUUGGCGGAACUGUGUCAGAAUAAUCCAUUCUGUCAAGCUAGAGCUUUGGAGUGUGGGCUGGUAAAUGUAUUGCUACACAUGGUGGGGACAGAACGAGGGGAAACUUUGGCUAGCUGUAUCUCAGCAUUAUCAUGUGCUUGCCGUGAAUUCAAGCCUUCAUGUGAGGAAGUUAUCGCUCAGGAAGGCUGUGAAACCUUAGCAAAUAUAUUGUCAACAGCACAGGGUCCAGCACGGACCAAAGUUGCUUUCUUUGUCACAUAUCUAUGUCAGCAGCACCCACCUGCCAGAGAAAAGUUUAUAAAACUCAACAUUGUGAAGAUAUUAGCUGAACAAAUCAAAUCUGGACGGGACAGCAGUUCUGAACAUCUACUUAGUAUCAUUCACAGCCUUCUAGAAAGUCUGGAUCAAACGGUUGUUCAACAGUGUUUAGAUCCAAGUUUGAAUCUAAAGAAUAUUCUAGAAAAUCAUCUAAAGGAUCCAGAAGUACAAGACGCGUAUAUUGAAGAGAAAAAUUAUUGUGAGGUUAUAUUGAAAAUCUUAGAAAAAUGUCCACAAGUAGAAGUGGUAAACAGUGAGGCUGAUAGGUAGUCUUGUGAAUAUUGGACUGUAUUAUAUAAAAUCUAUUAAUUACAAAACUGGCUUUUUUUAAUUAUAAAAAUAUCUAGUUUUUUGGAUGUCUAAAUAUUUUAUUUUCCACUGAUAUUAUAUUAUUAUUUAAUGUGAUGGUGGUCUUGGAAAUCUGAAUACAACUUUUGUAUCAUAUUCAAUUUACAUUCUAUCAACAAUAAUGCCAUGAACGAUAACAUUUUUUAACCAUUACUAACUUCUUUUACUUUGCAAGUAAAUCUUAUAGUUAGAAUGCACAAAUAUUGAUAUUUUCGUGCACAAUUAUAAUGUUUUUCAAUAAAUGCAAUUAAAUA